AUGCGCAUUUCCAUCAUCCAUGAUAAGGGACGGCUAUACUCGACGGAGCCGCCACGACAGAACAAUACAGAUAAAGAUGGGAAGAAGACCGAGGAUGACGCUCAGAAGGACGUAAAGAAGGAAGCGUCACCAGAAGGACCUGAAGAUGGAAAGGUCAAUGCCUCCGAAGCUGGCAAGGAGCCGACACAGAUGCCCGAGGGAUGGGUCAAGUUGUCGGACCAGGAGCUGUUAGCUCUUGAGAAGAUGUUUGACCUAGCUCCGGAGCCGCAAAGGAAGAUGGUUCAAGAAGUCGUGGAGGAGAUCAAGAAGACCGGUGCGCCGAAGGAGCUAAAGGAUCUGCUGGUGAAGGCUAUGGCCCACGGAUUGAGCAUUGGCGACUCCAUGAAUGCACUUCGGGUGGCCCAUAAGCUGGCGCAGAGAAUGGCAGAGAAGGAAAAGGACUCUGGCAUGUUCGACUCCAAGGAGCCUCGAGUAGGACAGGAUCAGCAGCAGCAAGAUGGAAGCUCGAAAGGACAAGGCGAGCAGGGCAAGCAGGGUGGCCCUCGGGUUUACGACCUGAGCGAGUUUGCUACCUGGGCUGUUGCUACUGCACUCUUUUAUCCCUUCUACAAGAUGGUGUUCCCGGGUGAAAGCUCCCGCGAAAUCACCUGGCAAGAGCUUCGCAAGAACUUCCUGGAUAAAGGCCUCGUCGAAAAGAUGGUUGUCUUCAAGGACCGGGUCCGUGUUGAGCUUAACCGCGAGGCUACCCAGGCCAUGUAUCCUGACACAGUUGCCGCACAGCCUGGCUUCUUCUACUACUUCUCAAUCGGGUCUGUCGACGCCUUUGAGAGGAGGCUAGAGGAGGCACAGAACGAGCUCGGUAUUCCGCCUUCGGAGAGGAUACCUGUUAGCUAUGCCACAGAAGGCAUGUUCGGCAACUUGGUCUUCGCAUUCGGCCCCACCCUGCUCUUUGUUGGUCUCCUGUGGUACAUGUCUCGACGUACGGGUGGUGGCAUGGGUGGAGGCUCUAGCGGAGUCUUUGGCUUCGGCAAGAGCAAGGCCAAGAUGUUUAAUCAUGAGACUGCUGUCAAGGUCAAGUUUUCCGACGUCGCUGGUAUGGAUGAGGCCAAGCUCGAGAUCAUGGAGUUCGUGAGCUUCCUCAAGUCCCCGGAGAAGUUCCAAAGACUUGGAGCAAAGAUCCCUCGUGGUGCUAUCCUGUCUGGUCCUCCCGGCACUGGUAAAACCCUACUCGCCAAGGCUACUGCUGGCGAGUCUGGCGUGCCUUUCUUUAGUGUCAGCGGUUCUGAAUUUGUGGAGAUGUUUGUUGGUGUAGGCGCGUCGCGUGUACGAGAUCUUUUCCAAAACGCUCGCAAGAAUGCCCCUUGUAUCAUUUUCAUUGACGAGAUCGAUGCCAUUGGCAAAUCUCGUGGCGAGGGUGCUAGAUUCGGCGGCAACGAUGAGCGGGAGGCAACUCUCAACCAGAUUCUUACGGAGAUGGAUGGUUUCAACACCUCAGAACAGGUCGUGGUGCUCGCUGGUACCAACAGACCUGAUAUUCUGGAUAAGGCUCUUAUGCGACCGGGUCGUUUUGACCGACAUAUCAACAUCGACCGUCCGACCAUGAGUGGUCGUUCGGAUAUCUUUAGGGUACACUUGGGUAAGAUCGUCACGCACGAAGACAUGGAUUACCUAUGUGGAAGACUCGCUGCUCUCACUCCUGGCUUUGCUGGUGCGGAUAUCGCCAAUUGCGUCAACGAAGCCGCACUUAUUGCUGCCAGAGCGAACGCCCAGUCUGUUACGAUGAUACACUUCGAACAGGCUAUCGAGCGUGUCAUUGGUGGUCUCGAGAGGAAGUCUCUUGUCCUCAGCCCUGAAGAGAAGAGGACCGUCGCAUAUCACGAAGCUGGCCAUGCAAUUUGCGGCUGGUAUUUCGAGUUUGCUGACCCCCUACUCAAGGUCUCUAUCAUCCCACGUGGUCAGGGUGCCUUGGGUUAUGCGCAAUAUUUACCCACUGGUGAUGCUUACCUCAUGAACGUCAAGCAACUCAUGGACCGCAUGGCAAUGACGCUCGGCGGCCGUGUUUCUGAGGAAAUCCACUUCCCCACAGUCACCACUGGCGCCAGUGAUGACUUCAAGAAAGUGACUCGCAUGGCUACAACCAUGGUCACUCAGUGGGGUAUGUCUGAGAAGCUUGGACCCCUACACUUCGAGAACGACCAGAACCAGCUCCACAAGCCCUUUGCAGAGUCAACGUCUCAAACCAUUGACUCUGAGGUGCGUCGCAUUGUCGACGAGGCUUACAAACAAUGCAAGGACCUACUCACUUCCAAGAAGACGGAGAUCGGCCUUGUUGCCGAGGAGCUGCUCAAGAAGGAGGUGCUGACAAGAGAUGACAUGGUCCGACUACUAGGACCAAGACCAUUCAAGGACAAGGAAGAGUUCACAAAGUACUUCAGCGGUGAUGGCGGCAAGAGCGCACCUCCGCCGUUCCCAACGGAGAAUACGGAUGAGACGGAACACCCGCCUCAGCCAGCUGUCUUCCGGAGACACGAGGUCGAGAACAGGUAA